AUGGACUUGACUGACAACCCUAUCAAUCAUGAUGUGGAUAACAGUGAUGUGUUCACCAGUGGAGAGAUAUACUAUGGCGAGGGUAACAACUAUGAGGAUUUGCACCACUUGAAGCACGUGUGGCCACCACCCUCAGAUGAUGAGGGUGACAACACAGAGUCUAAGGGCCGUGUAGCAGUCCAUGAUUAUGAAGUAGCAGUGCAGCAACUCAUCAAGUUUGCGAUCAGCCAUUUUUGUGUCUGGCUUGCAUCUGAGUAUGCCUAUCCAGAUUGCAUGACUCAAGUCUUGUGGGCGAAGGAGGCCUGGAAGGAGGCAUGUAACUCUUAUGAGUUUGAGAUGGGGUUCAAUGGUGAAAUCAUACAGAUGAUUACCCGGCGCACAUCACAUCUCACAAGUGAGGUGAAAGGGAAGGUUCGCCCGCUUGUCGAGAAUAUUUAUGGUUUCGAGUCCACCAAUUUGGAGUCCAUCAAGUGCAGGAAUCGCAAACUCGCCCAUGAGCUCAAAGAUAAAUUUGAGUUGUGUUAUCGGGACCUUGGGGACAAAAAGAACAAUGUCCCUCACAGUGGCCUCUUUCAGUCGAGAACAAUGAAGGGAUUAUAUUUGAGAAAAUUUUUUCACCAUUUCCAAUUCCUCCUUGGCCUUGGUGUACACCACAAUGGUGAUAUUGUUGGCUGCAAGCUGAAUGCUGCAUUGAUGAAUGAUAUCAGUUUUUCAAGCGGUGAUUAUAGGGAGGUUUAUGAUAAGCAUCUCACAAACCUCAAGAAGUUUCAUACUCAAACAAAGGUUCAUGGAAUCCUUGAUGGCAUCCUGACGGAACUCAACAACAAUGGCAGGUUGCAUGCAAAGGUGGAUCCGAUUAACAUUGGAGAUGGAGACUGCCUCUCAGACAACAAGAUCAACAAUGCAAUCCGGGAAUACCAGCAGGUUGGUGGCGCAGAUGACAGUGACAAGGUGGAGUCUGACUUGGAGUCUGAGGGUGGUCAAUUUGAAGUUGGUGAACGAGUAGAAUAG